AGCAGCUCUGCAGCGCUCGGCUCCGCUCCACUCUGCUCAGCUCCGCUCCGCUCCAGGAAGGCCACCUCCUCCCUGCCCUCCUCCACCCUCCUCCUGCUGUCACCACUCACCGCUCAUAGCCUUGAGAGGGUGGGGACCCCAGGACUGGACACACCCCACUGUGGCUCCAGAGCCUAGCUGGUCGGACGGACGCACGGUUGGACGCAGGACCCCGGAGCCCCGAGGUGGGCAGUGUGCCAGGGUCCCUCACAGACUCCUCAAGCGCCAUCCAGGCUAUGGGCAUCAAGACAGCGUUGCCCGCGGCGGAGCUGGGCUUAUACUCCCUGGUGUUGAGUGGGGCUCUGGCCUAUGCUGGUCGGGGUCUCCUUGAAGCUUCACAAGAUGGGGCCCACAGGAAGGCUUUCCGGGAGUCUGUGAGACCUGGCUGGGAGUACAUUGGCCGGAAGAUGGACGUGGCUGACUUCGAGUGGGUGAUGUGGUUCACCUCCUUCCGAAACAUCAUCGUCUUCGCCCUUUCUGGACAUGUGCUGUUUGCUAAACUCUGCACGAUGGUUGCCCCCCAGCUCCGCUCCUGGAUGUAUGCCGUGUAUGGGGCCCUGGCUGUGCUGGGCACGAUGGGCCCUUGGUACCUGGGGCUGCUGCUUGGCCACUGUGUCAGCCUCUAUGUGGCCUCACUCUUGGGCCAGCCCUGGCUCUGUCUUGGCCUCGGCCUGGCCAGCCUUGCCUCCUUCAAGCUGGAUCCCCUCAUCUCCUGGCAGAGCGGGUUUGUAACAGGCACUUUUGAUCUUCAAGAGGUGCUGUUUCACGGGGGCAGCGGUUUCACCGUGCUGCGUUGUACCAGCUUUGCGCUGGAGAGCUGUGCCCACCCUGACCGCCGCUACUCCCUAGGUGACCUGCUCAAGUACAACUUCUACCUGCCCUUCUUCUUCUUCGGGCCCAUCAUGACCUUUGAUCGCUUCCACGCUCAGAUGAGCCAGGUGGAGCCGGUGAGGCGCGAGGGUGAGCUGUGGCGCAUCCGGGCCCAGGCCGGCCUCAGCGUCAUGGCCAUCAUGGCCGUGGACAUCUUCUUCCACUUCUUCUACAUCCUCACCAUCCCCAGUGACCUCAAGUUUGCCAACCGCCUCCGGGACAGCGCCCUCGCUGUCCUAGCCUACUCAAACCUGGUGUACGACUGGGUGAAGGCGGCCGUCCUCUUCGGCGUGGUCAACACAGUGGCGCGCCUUGACCACUUGGACCCUCCCCAGCCUCCUAAGUGCAUCACCGCGCUCUAUGUCUUCGCCGAAACGCACUUUGACCGUGGCAUCAACGACUGGCUUUGCAAGUAUGUGUAUGACCACAUUGGUAGGGAGCACUCCAAGGUGAUUCCAGAGCUGGGGGCCACCGUGGCCACCUUUGCCAUCACUACUCUGUGGCUUGGACCUUGUGAUAUUGUUUACCUGUGGUCAUUCCUUAACUGCUUUGGCCUCAACUUUGAACUCUGGGUGCAGAAGCUGGCAGAGUGGGGGCCCCUAGCACAAAUUGAGGCCUCUGUGUCGGAGCAGAUGUCUCGCAGGGUCCGGGCCCUCUUUGGGGCCAUGAACUUCUGGGCCAUCAUCAUGUACAACCUUGUAAGCCUGAACAGUCUUGAGUUCACAGAGCUGGUUGCCAGGCGCCUGCUACUCACAGGGUUCCCCCAGACCACUCUGGCCGUCCUAUUUGUCACCUACUGUGGUGUCCAGCUGGUGAAGGAGCGAGAGCGAACCCUGGCCCUAGAGGAGGAGCAGAAGCAGGACAAAGAGAAGCCGGAGUAGGUGGGAGGAGGCAGAGGGGAGAGGGAUAGGCUCUGCUCAGCUAUUCCUGGGCUCAGGCCCAGGCCCAGGCCAGGCGGGAUGGGGCCUGACUGCUAGAAUAAAAGACUUUUCUACCACA